CGGAGCGUAAAACUGCCUCGACUUUGAGACAGGAACUGACGUUGUGUCUGUUAGUGGAUGGAUAGAUACAUUUCAAGCAGCAGGAAAAUGGCUACAAAGAUCGCUCAGUUUGAAAGACGUUUGCACUGAUUCUACCGACCAACCUACUGAUACCAGCGUGGACCUUCUUCCUUGAAUACAUGGCACCCUCCAGUUGACGCCAUGGCCCAAAUAUCCAGUGGUAAUGGGUUGAAGCAGGAUGUGUCUCCCUCCCCGGGGGCGAGCCGGCUGAAGGGGGCGGUGGGGAAGGAGGAGGCCCUCCGCAUGGAGGCGGAGGCCCUGGCCAAGCUCCAGAAGGAGAAGAGGCACACACUCCCCGCGGUGUCAUCCGCUGCUAAACCCCUUACCAGCUCCACCCAGAGGGCGUCCUCCACCAGCAGGCCUGAGAAAGACCUCAUCGUCUUCCCGGAGCCCGAGGCCAAGAAGAGGGCGGAGAGGGACAAAUUCAGGGACAUCGACGUGGAGAAGCUCACCAACGAGGAGCUGGAGAAGCUCCUGCUGGACGACAGCUUCGGGACAAACAGUAAAGCGUCCAGACCCUCCUCUCUGCUGGGGUGCGACUUAAGCGCCUCCUAUCCAGGGACUCAGGCAUUCGGCCCCUCUCCAUUCCACAGCGGGCCUUGGACCCCCUCCGGCUCUGCUCUGCCCACCCCCACCCACCAACAGACACCCAUCUUCCCACCUCCGCCGUUCCCCAAGCACCCUUGCUCCUUCCAAAAUGGCUUCAACCCGGGGUUGGCGCCAUUCAGAGCCCCGGACAGCCUCUUCCUCAACCUGCCGGCCCAGCCUCGCUUCAUGCCCUUCCCGCCCAUGCAGCCCGCCAGCCCCUUGGUCUUCCAGCAGCCCGCCGUCAACCCAGAGAUGGCCAAACUCUUCGACAAGAUCGCCAGCACCAAGGAAUACUUGAGGAACGGGAGGUCCGCCAGCACAGACCUGGAGUCGGCCAGCACCAAGUCCCUGGCCCCCAAGCCUCCGGCCUCCGAGACCCCCAGCAUCAGCAGGUUUGAGUGGCUGGACUUGGAUCCGCUCAGCAAGCGCAAGGCAGAUGGCGACGAGGCCCUCAGUGCUCCGGACGGGGCUCUGACAGCGGAGGGCAGGCCUGCAGGGGACCCCUGGGACGCUGUGCUUCUCGAUGAGAGCGAGGGCGGAGGAGGCGGUAGUCCCCCUGCCCAGGCGAAGAGCCAACGCUCACUCACAGCUCUGCCCAGGAAGGUCUCUACUGGGGCUGUCAUGACCAGGAGCCAGUCUCUGAAUGUCCCAGCCACAUCCUCCUACAGCCAGAGUGGCCAGGGAGACAAGGGAAAUGGGAAAGUAUUGUCAAGAUACAAUGUCCUGCACGAAAUGGAAGCCCAGAAUGAAGAGGUGGUGGCCUUCUGCGAGGAUAUUGCAGUACUGAGCUCAAAGUUCCCUCAUGAUGACCUGGCCACUAACCCCGGGUAUGUGCUGAGCCCGGUGAUCCCUCAGAGGGAUAUGAAUGGGGACAACGGCAGCAGCGUGAAGGUCUCCAUAGAGAUCUCCGACUCCCAGCAGCCUGUAACUUUCACCUGUGAUGUGAGCUCCCCAGUGGAGCUGUUGAUCAUGCAGGCCCUGUGCUGGGUUCACGACGAUCUCAACCAGGUCAACAUCGGCAGCUACGUCCUCAAAGUCUGCGGCCGACAGGAAGUACUGCAGAAUAAGCACAGCCUGGGCAGCCACGAGUACGUCCAGGACUGUAGGAAGUGGGAGUCGGAGAUCCGGCUGCAGCUGCUGUCCCAGGACACAGUCCGCAGGGACCUGGCCCGUACAGCUGAGGACGACAACUCCCCAAUCAACUUGGAGAAGUACCUGAUCCAGGUGGAGAGACCCUUCAAGGAGACCAUCUCCAGGCAAAGCCUCAUAGACUACCUGGAAGGCUACCACAAUCAAGUCAGUGCCUGUCUUCAGAAUGAGAACACCCAGUACAAAACUGUGGAUCAUGUGAUCCAGUCUGUGAAGAACAUCUGCUGUGUGCUGGACGAGGUGGAGACCCUGGCCAUCACGGAGGCAGUGAAGAGGGUCAAACGCUCUGUCAACCUCCCCAGAACCAAGGCCCCGGAGGCCUCUUCAAAAUCAUCAGGCGGAUCAUCAAAUGGCUGUUUCAGCCCGGUGGAGGAGAGCCUGGGCGGCCUCACCGCCGCCGUGUACGACCUGGCGAAGCUGUACCUGCGGUCCUUCUGUCCCGCCACCCCCCAGCAGGCCGAGCGUGAGCCUGCGGGGAGCCGCAGCAGCAAGGAGGCCUCGGGCACCACCGAGCACCUGCAGUUUACCCUGUUCGCCGUGCACGGCAUCCCAAACGCCUGGGUCAGCAGUUAUGAGAAGUACUACCUGAUGUGCGCUCUGACCCACAACGGGAGGAACCUGUUCAAGCCCGUCCAGUCCAAGAAAGUGGGCACGUACAAGAGCUUCUUCUACCACAUCAAAUGGGACGAGCUGAUAAAUUUUCCCAUUGCUGUGGCCCUCUUACCGUUGGAGUCCAUGUUGAGCCUCUCCCUCUACGGGGUGCUGAACCAGAACGCCACCAGCUCCCCGGACUCCAACAAGCAGCGCAAAGGGCCGGAGCUGCUGGGGAAGGUGUCCAUGGCCCUCUUCGACUUCCGACGGGUGCUGGCGCAGGGGACCAAGCUGCUGGUACUGUGGCCCUCUCUCACGGGCUCCUCUGCGGUGACACUGGGCAGGAAGAGGAACCAGAUGGAGAGGAUCAUCCUGCAGGUGGACUUCCCCAGCCCAGCGCUGGACGUCCAGUACGUGGGCCCCCAGCCAGCCAGCUGCCCCGACCCCCAGUCCCUGGAGCCGCUGGACCCAGAAAUGAAGACGCGCGUCGAGAAGCUAUGUGGCAGGGCCUCCACCUUUGGGCUGACGAGGGCCGACCGGCAGCUCCUGUGGGACGCGCGGCACCACUGCCGCGCCUACAAGCACAGCCUGCCCAAAAUCCUGGCCAGCGCCCCCAGCUGGGACUGGGGCAGCAUGGCGGAGAUCCACGGCCUCCUGCACCACUGGCCUCCCCUGUCCCCCGUCUCCGCCCUGGAGCUGCUCGACUCCAAGUUCGCUGACACAGAGGUGCGGAGCAUGGCCGUCAGCUGGAUCGAGGGAAGCAGCGACGAUGAGCUGGCCGACUACCUGCCCCAGCUCGUGCAGGCACUGAAAUUUGAGUGUCACCUGAAGAAUGCCUUGGUGAUGUUCCUCCUCUCGAGAGCACAAGGGAACAUUAACAUUGCCCAUCACCUGUACUGGCUGCUGCGGGACGCGGUGCAGGACCCGUGUUUCGGGGCGCGCUACGAGAGCGUGCUGGGGGUGCUGCUGUGCCUGUGUGGGGCGGGGCUGCGGGCCGAGCUGGACAAACAGACGCGGCUGGUGCAGCUGCUGGGAGCGCUGGCCGAGAAGGUGCGCCAGGCCAGCGGCUCCGCCCGACAGGCCAUGCUGCAGGAGGGUCUGGAGAGAAUGCAGUCCUUCUUCCAGAAGCACAGCUGCAGACUCCCUCUCAACCCCAGCCUGGUGGCGAAGGAGCUCAACGUCAAGGCCUGCUCCUUCUUCAACUCCAAUGCCGUGCCUCUGAAGAUCACCCUGGUCAACGCUGAUCCCCUGGGAGAGGAGAUCAAUGUCAUGUUUAAGGUGGGGGAGGACCUGAGGCAGGACAUGCUGGCACUGCAAAUGAUCCGAAUCAUGGACCGGAUCUGGCUGCAGGAGGGCCUGGACCUGCGCAUCGUCAACUUCAAGUGCAUCUCCACUGGCAAGGACAGAGGCAUGGUGGAGCUGGUCCCGGCCUCCGACACCCUGCGGAAGAUCCAGGUGGAGUACGGGGUGACGGGCUCCUUCAAGGACAAGCCCCUGGCAGAGUGGCUGCGCAAGUACAACCCUGGUGAGGAGGAGUACGAGAAGGCAUCAGAGAACUUCAUCUACUCGUGCGCGGGCUGCUGCGUGGCCACCUACGUGCUGGGCAUCUGCGACCGCCACAACGACAACAUCAUGCUGCGCACCAGCGGCCACAUGUUCCACAUCGACUUCGGCAAGUUCCUGGGCCACGCGCAGAUGUUCGGGAGCUUCAAGAGGGACCGCGCCCCUUUCGUGCUGACCUCAGACAUGGCGUACGUCAUCAACGGCGGAGAGAGACCCACCAGCCGCUUCCAGCUGUUCGUGGACCUCUGCUCUCAGGCCUACAACCUGAUCCGCAAGCACUCCGGCCUCUUCCUCAACCUGCUGUCACUGAUGACAUCGUCAGGCUUGCCGGAGCUCACGGGCGCUCAGGACCUGAAAUACGUCUAUGAAGCUCUGCAACCCCAGGCUACUGACGCAGAGGCCACCAUUUCCUUCACCAGGCUGAUAGAGUCCAGCCUGGGCAGCGUGGCCACCAAGUUCAACUUCUUCAUCCACAACCUGGCCCAGCUACGCUUCUCCGGCCUGCCCUCCAACGACGAGCCGAUCCUGUCCUUCUCCCCCAAGACCUACACGCUGAAGCAGGACGGGCGCAUCCGCGAGGCCUCCGUCUUCACCUACCAGAAGAGAUACAACCCGGACAAGCACUACACUUACGUGGUGAGAGUCCUGAGGGAGGGCCAGACGGAGGCCCAGUUCGUGUUCCGCACUUUCGACGAGUUCCAGGAGCUGCACAACAAGCUGAGCAUCCUCUUCCCUCUGUGGAAGCUGCCAGGGUUCCCCAACAAAAUGGUGCUGGGGAGGACCCACAUCAAGGACGUGGCGGCCAAAAGGAAGGUGGAGCUCAACAGCUACCUGCACAGCCUGAUGAGGAGCUCAGCCGAGGUGGCCCAGUGCGAUAUCAUAUACACGUUCUUCCACCCCAACGCCAGAGACGACAAGACGGAAGGGUUUGAGGGGAUGUCCAGACCUCCAGAGGCGAUGCCAGUGAGCCCCACGUCUGGGAGGGUGGAGGGAGAGGUGAAGCUGUCCAUAUCCUACAGGAACAGCACCCUGUUUAUCAUGGUGAUGCACAUUAAAGACCUGAUGUCAGAGGAUGGGACAGACCCGAAUCCUUAUGUGAAAACCUAUCUGCUCCCUGACCCCCACAAAACCUCCAAACGCAAAACGAAGAUCUCCAGGAAGACCAGGAACCCCACCUUCAAUGAAAUGCUGGUCUACAGUGGCUACAGCAAGGAGACCCUGCGCCAGCGCGACCUGCAGCUGAGCGUGCUCAGUGCGGAGUCUCUGAGGGAGAACUGCUACCUAGGGGGUGUCACUCUGAGCCUGAAGGACUUUGACUUGAGCAAAGAGACUGUCAAGUGGUACAAGCUGACCGCUGUCCCCUACUUCUAAACUCUGCACACACAGGGGACCCUUCGCUGUCUUUCCCAAAGUCAACAGACCUCUUAUUCUUAUUCUCUUCCACCCCCCGACACUAAUCAAGGUCCUGUUCUCUGCAAGCGCGCAGUCCAGGUGUUCAGAAAAUAUAUAGAAAAGCUGUAACGUUUUGUACAUUUGACAUUAGAGGACCAAAAUGGCUUACUUUAAAAAAAAAAAGUGUGUAUAUAUUAAUACAUAUGCAUAUAUACAUACCUGUAUUUGUAAAACAGCUCAUUUUUACAUGCCUUUUUCUACAUAGAAAAAUAGGAAGCAUUAAUUCCCUGUGAGCUUGUGAUGUCUGAGCGGAGGGGGGAGGGGGGCGGCAGGGGGCGCUGUAAGUUAGUUUGCUUCCCAAAUCAUGUGCCAAAAGAAUGGAGGUCACAAACCACUUCCCUCAGGGGACAAAACAGGGUGCCUUGAUUGAGUUAGCCUUGAUUGAGUUCACCUUGAUCUUCUGGAUCCACUCAACCUGCAUACAGUUUAUUUGAUCAAGUGUGUAUCGUUGAAAUUAAAACCUCACAGAGUGAAACGUUUUCCAGAGUUCUUCCAGCACCGUGGCAGUGGAGUAGCAGGCCUCCUCGUUACCAGUCGAUAAGGCCGGCCUUCAAACCUGCACGAUACCAUGACUUCUAAUGCUGCCGUUUCGACUCCUUUCUCACCACACAUUUCAACUGUGUGUGGUAAAAUAACAACUUACAGAUGCACUGUGACAAAAGGGAAUGGCAACAAUAAUCAGGUGCUCUGAAGCCAGGGAGAUUUCUGCUUCUGCUCAGCUGCACACAGCUAAAGUUGGAAGAGAAAUUAUUGUAUUUUCUUGGAAAAGAAUUUUAAAAGAGGAUAUCAAAGUGGAAACUUAUCAGCAUCACACAUUAGAAAAGAGUGACUACAUUCUUUUAAUGACUGUAUAAAAAAACAUGCUGAAUUUAUAUAAAUAUGGCCAGUUAUUUAUUUUUAAUUGGUUAUCUUAACCUGAGUAGAUCAGUGUGUACUGUAAGCCUUUUUUUCCUA